UGCUGAGUCCGGCCGUGCCGCGCCGAGCUGAGCCGAGUCCUGCCGUGCCGUUCUGGGUCUGGCAGCGCCGAGCCGAGCCGAGCCGUGCCGUGCCGGAUCCGGCCAGGCCGUGCCGGGUCCGGCCGUGCCGGGCCGUGCCGAGCCGUGCCAGCAUGCUGCGGUACCUGCUGAAGACGCUGCUGCAGAUGAACCUGUUCGCGGACUCGCUGGCGGCCGAGAUGUCCAACUCCUCCGAGCUGCUGCUCGGCCUCAACGGCAGCAUCACCGCGCUCGACCUCCGCAACCUCACCGCCGCCAACGGGUCCCACCCACAGCUGGAGGACUCGGCACCCCGCAUCGUGGAGCACCCCUCGGACCUGCUGGUGUCCAAGGGUGAGCCGGCCACGCUGAGCUGCAAGGUGGAAGGACGCCCCCCGCCCGCCGUCGAGUGGUACAAGGACGGUGAGCGGGUGGAGACGGACCGUGAAGACCCCCGCUCCCACCGCACGCUGCUGCCCGGCGGCUCCCUCUUCUUCCUCCGCAUCAUCCAUGGCCGCCGCGGCAAACCUGACGAGGGCGUCUACGUCUGUGUGGCCAGGAACUACCUGGGUGAAGCCACCAGCAGGAACGCCUCGCUGGAGGUGGCUGUGCUGCGGGAUGAUUUCCGGCAGCCCCCCGGGGAUGUGGUGGUGGCGGUGGGUGAGCCGGCCGUCCUUGAGUGCGUUCCACCCCGCGGCCACCCUGAGCCCACUGUCUCAUGGAAGAAGAACGGUGCCCAGCUCAAUGACAAGGACGAGCGCAUCACGAUCCGUGGUGGGAAGCUGAUGAUGGCCACCACACGCAAGAGCGAUGCUGGCAUCUACGUCUGCGUGGCCACCAACAUGGUGGGGGAGCGGGACAGCGAGCCGGCUGAGCUGGUGGUCUUUGGUGCGUGGGGGCGAGGAUGUGCUUUUGGGGGGGCUGGGGGUGGCAGGGCUGUGACAGACAGCAGCUGCCCCACAGAACGCCCCGCGUUCAGCAAGCGGCCACUAAACCAAGCGGUCCUGGUGGACGAGACGGCCGAGUUCCCCUGUGAGGCGCUGGGGGACCCCCGGCCCACAGCCCGCUGGCGCAAGGAGGACGGUGAGCUGCCACCGGGAAGGUGGGAGCUGCUGGCUGACAACACCCUGAGGAUCAGCCAGGUGCGUGUGGAAGAUGAGGGCACCUACACCUGUGUGGCCGAGAACAGCGUGGGCAAGUCGGAGGCCUCAGGCACCCUCAUCGUGCGCGUGCCCCCCCAGCUUGUCACCUGGCCCCAUGACCAGAGCGUCCCCCCUGGCCGCAGCGUGACCUUCCAGUGUGAGACCACGGGCAAUCCACCACCGGCCGUGUUUUGGCAGAAGGAAGGCAGCCAGACGCUGCUGUUCCCGGGCCAGCCCCCCCAGACGGCCAGCCGCUUUUCGGUAGCCCCCGGUGGCGCCAUGACCAUCGCCGCCGUCCAGCCGACCGACGCAGGCUAUUACCUGUGCCAGGCCAUCAGUGUGGCCGGCAGCGUCCUGGCCAAGGCGCUGCUGGAGGUGGAGGCGGCGCCCGCCGAGCGUGGGCCACCUGUCAUCCACUGGGGCCCCGCCAACCGCACGGUGCUGCCGGUGGGGGCCACGGUGUGGCUGCCCUGCUGGGUGGCCGGUGACCCCCAGCCCCACGUGGGGUGGCUGAAGGACGGCCGGGCCAUGCCGGGCCCCGAGACCCGCGCCAGCCUGCUGGAGAACGGCACCCUGCAGAUCAGCAGCCUGCGGGUGACAGACUCGGGGCAGUACGAGUGUGUGGCCACCAGCUCGAUGGGUGAGACGCGCUGGAGCGGGACCCUGCAGGUGCAAGGUGAUGGAUCUGGACUUUCCCCACCACCCCCGGAGCCUGCCAUCAUCCCUCGGCCACCCUCCACCCCCCUGGUCACCAACGUCACCAAAAGCAGUGUCACCCUGAGCUGGAAAGGGAACGAGCAAAGCGGCGGCACUACUGUCACCUACGUUGUGGAAGCUUUCAGCGAGGCAGCAGGUGGCCCGUGGCAGACAGUGGCAGCCAACGUGGAGGGCGAGACACACACGGUGAGCGGCCUCGUCCCUGACACUGUCUACCUCUUCCUGGUACGGGCAGUCAGCGCCCAUGGGCUCAGCGACCCCAGUGGAGUCUCGGAGCCCAUCCGCACCCAAGAUGCCAGCCCCACGCAGCCAGGCCUGAACCCUCAGCAGGUGCCAACGGAGCUGGCGCAAGUGGCCGUGCACCUGCAGGAGCCAGUGGUGCUGCCGCCAGGUGCCGUCCGCCUCUCCUGGACCGUGGAGCCCCCGUCGCCCUUUGUGCAGGGCUACCAGGUGCUGUACCGGCGGCGUGGUGGGCGCUGGGAGGCACGGGACGUGCGGGCACCGGGCGAGCGGGGUGCCCUGCUCACUGGGCUGCGCCGCGGCCAGGACUACGAGGUGAAGGUGCGGCCCUACUUCCACCAUCUCCAUGGUCCCGACAGUGCUGUGCGUGCCCUGCGCACCCCCGAGGCGGCCCCCAGUGCCCCACCACGGGCCGUCAGCGUGGUGGGGAACGGCACCAGCGUCCGCAUCUCGUGGCAGCCGCCACCGCUGGCUGAGCAGAAUGGUGUCAUUCGUGAUUACCGGAUCUGGUGCCUGGGCAACGAGAGCCGAUUCCACAUCAACCAGAGCGUGGAGGGGACGGUGCUGGCGACGGUGCUGCAGGGGCUAGUGCCUGGUGUCCCCUAUCGCGCUGAGGUGGCAGCGGCCACCGGGGCGGGUGUGGGUGCUCGCAGUGCACCUGUCCCCAUCCGUAUUGCACCUCCUGUGGAGCAGGAAGCGGGGCCAGUAGGCCGGGGCGGUGUGGCUGAGCACUUGGCGGAGAUGGCGAGACGGCCGGCCUUCAUCGCUGGCAUUGGCGGUGCCUGCUGGCUCGUCCUCGCUGGCUUUGGUGCCUGGCUCUACGGCCGCCGCCGGAGGAGGAAGGAACUGAGCCACUUCACGGCCUCCUUUGCCUACACGCCUACGGGUGCACCCAUGGGUGCUGCAGGGACCUGCCGCGGCCCCACUGCACCCUCGGCCCAGCCUCCAUCUCUCUCUGCGCUCGCCUUUCUGCACACCCCGGCUCCGGCGCGUGGCAGCCCCAGGGCUGCUGUUGGCGGUCACCCGUGGCUGGUGGACACGUGGUGUGGCGGUGGCACCAGCAGCCUGGACACCGCUGAGAGAUACUACAACGAGGCCGGCAUCUCCCGCUACAUCGCCCAGACGGAGCCAUUCGGGGCAGGGGCUGCUGAGGGACCCAUCUACAGCAGCAUCGAGGCGGGCGGCGAGGAGCUGCGCACCUUCCACCGCCCCUGCUCGCAGCACGGCCUCGAGCUGCCGGCCACCCUGUACGCCCACCUGGCCCCCGGCCGCCCCGAGCACGGGAAAAACCUGGGGAAAGCGGUGCAAACGCCCGUGCUGAGCUGGACAGAGCUGCUGCCCCCACCACCCUCGGCCAGCGAGCUCAGCCAAUACGCUGAGGAGGAGGAGGUGAAGGAGGAGGAAGAGGAGGAGGAGGAGGUGGAGGAAGGAGAAGAGGAGGGCAGCUUGGGGCUGGAGGACCGGUGUCCCCUCGGGGAGGGCGUCCUUCAGCCCGCCGCCUCCUCACCCGCCACCCCUGCCGGCUGCUGGUCCCCUGCCGUGCUGGCACCCACACCCCGUGAGGACAUCUGCAGCCCCCACCGCUUCGACAGCCCCCGCCUGCCCCGGAGGCCCCCCCGUGGCACAGGACCGCCACCAAGCCCCCCACCGAGCCCCCGCAGCCCAGACACAAGCGAGGGCCGCGUGCCCCGAGCCCACCGCCCCCAUGGCACAGGGAAAACCCGCUCAGAGACCCUGAAAAGUCGCCCGAAGCCCAAAGGAAGCCGCUACCGCCGGGAGCAGCAUCUGGGAGACCUGCCGCCGCCCCCGCUGCCACCCCCAGGUGAGACCCCCAGCCCCUUGCCCAGCCAGGAGCCGAGCGGUGCCGAGCGCAAGGCUGCCCAUCGCCCACCCCGCCAGGGUGACAUCGUCCCCUACAGCAAGCCCUCCUUCCUGGCCCGCAGCUGCUCCACCACUGGCAGUGCCUCGUCCCGUGGCUCCACCAGCUCCCGUGGCCACGGCUCGGGGCGCAGCCGCCACCCGGACCCGCUGUCACCCUGCCCGCCGCAUGAGGAGCGAUGAGGCAGCGUGGGGACAGUGACACAGGGACGGCGACGUUGGGGUAG